GACGGAGGUAAGAUUGAGGAGAGCAGCCUCCAGUUGGCAGCUCCGGGCACCGUCGGCGAACUCUUCAUCGGAGGGGAUUGCCUGGCCAGUGGGUACAUCAAGAACCCCGAGAAGACCGAGGCCGCGUUCUUCAACUUCCCGGGCCUCUGCCCCAGAGCUCCCGAGGGGGCCUCACCCUUCACCCUCUACAAGACCGGCGACCUCUGCAAGGUGGAGCAUGGCGUCUUCCACUACAUGGGUCGCAACGACUUUCAGGUCAAGAUCAGCGGCGUGCGCAUCGAGUGCGAGGAGGUGUCUGCAGUGCUGAAGACCCACCCGGUGGUCGGAGAUGCUUUGGUCACUGCUUUUGAUGG